AUGGUCUUGAGACUGAGGACUCCAGUCAUCGUCACUGGUUCCAUGAGCCCCUUGAAUGGAACAUCUUCAGAUGCAUCGGCCAAUCUCAUCGCCGCGUUCCGCGUGGCUGCUUACAUGUCCAAACAUGAUUAUGAGGGGGUUUUGGUGGUGUUGAACAACGAAAUACAUCUGCCCCGUUUUGUCACUAAAACUCACACCCAGAAUCACGACGCCUUUAAGUCGCCAAAUUUCAAAUCCAUCGGUCGCAUUAUCAAGGGCGAAGUCAAAUUCGACGAGAUGGAACCGCCAAAGCUUCCCACAAAUCUUGGGUUCACUGUCCAAAUGCUUGCCAAGGCUCCGCGCGUCGACAUAGUGUGCAGCUACGUGGGUGCUGAUAGCGUGGGCAUCGACGCGUAUGUCAAGGCUGAAGCAAGGGGGAUCAUAUCCAUGGGUUUUGCGCCUGGACUAGGAACACCGGCAGAGAAAGUUGGGCUUGAUGUUGCCAUUAAAGGUGGCUGUGUGGUGGUUCAGUCGGUACGAGUUUUAUCUGGGAAUGUUACCGACAGUGAAGACCACAAGAAGAUGGGCAUCAUUUCUGGGAACAACCUCAGCCCCUGGAUAGCGAGAAUCGUUGUCCAACUUGCGAUUAGUAAGAGCGAUGAGACUAAAGUGGAUGUCAAAGACAUACUCUGUGAGGCGUUCAGAAAUCUUUAG